AUGGCGAGCCCGAUAGAUAAGUUCCCACCGUUUCAGGACGAACAAUACGAAGUCACGGAAUCGAGAACCAUAUUACCGAACUCAACAAUUAGGUAUGCGCCUAGUGAUCACUGGGAUUACAAACCAGUCAGGGAUACCAAGCGACGGCCGAGAAAGAGCAUCAGCGAAACCAUAAGUGCCAUAAGGACACGCAAUGGUAGCGUUAGUGCCAAUGCGCAAGAGUUGGCUCAAGCACUCAGAGCUCCCAUUUCGUACAGACUCAUAGUGCUCUGCCUUAUCUGGUAUACUACUUCGGCCUUAACAAAUACGUCUUCAAAAUCCAUUCUGAACGCGCUUCCCAAGCCGAUUACUCUCACAGUCGUCCAGUUUGCCUUCGUGUCAUUGUGGUGCUUGCUACUUUCGUACCUGGCAACCGUGUUACCCUGGCUCAAAGUCAGCAUACCGGCUCUCAAGAACAACAUUCGCUCGCCGUCACGCGAUGUUAUCAUGACCGCGCUACCCCUCGCUGUAUUCCAACUAGCAGGCCAUAUAUUGAGCUCGAUGGCUACAUCGCAAAUCCCCGUCUCGUUAGUCCACACUAUCAAGGGACUUUCACCAUUGUUCACCGUGCUGGCGUACCGCUUUUUCUUCCGCAUUCGCUAUGCUAAAGCAACCUACUUAUCACUUGUGCCGCUGACCCUGGGUGUCAUGCUUGCUUGCUCAACAGGGUUCUCUACGAAUUUCUUUGGCAUCCUGUGUGCGCUUGUCGCGGCUCUUGUUUUCGUGUCGCAGAACAUUUUUUCCAAAAAACUUUUCAACGAAGCCGAGCGUGCAGAGUCGGAUCUACAGUCUGCUGGACGACGCAAGUUGGACAAAUUGAACCUCCUCUACUACUGCUCCGGGUUAGCUUUCAUUCUCACGUUGCCCAUUUGGUUUGUCACUGAGGGCUAUCCCUUACUGUCUGAUCUGAUGCAAGAUGGCGCUAUCUCCCUUACAAACAAAACUGGUUCAUUGGACCACGGAGCCCUCUUUCUUGAGUUUGUGUUCAAUGGGGUGUCUCACUUUGCUCAGAAUAUUCUGGCGUUUGUCCUCCUUUCUAUGGUCUCACCAGUAUCAUAUUCAGUUGCAUCCCUUAUUAAGAGGGUGUUCGUGAUUGUCGUUGCAAUUGUCUGGUUUGGUAAUUCUACCACAUCUAUUCAAGGCUUCGGCAUUGCCCUCACUUUCCUUGGGUUAUACCUCUACGACCGCAAUAGCCAUGACGAUGUCGCAGAUCGGAGAGCGAAUGCGGACCACUUCCAUUCCAAGAAACCCGUUCUUCCUUUGAAUACUCGUGCGCCGGGUAAGGCUUGGGACUCGAACGGUUAUGCGUUCCCGCAAGGAAAGUCUGUCGACCAACAUGUCGCCGAGCGUUCCGUCUCCAGUAACCUAAGAAAGGAUGAUGGCAUCGGCCAUGCCCGUCCAAGAGCGAGUAGCCACACGAAAGCUUGGCUGCCACCUGGUACAAAACAGGAGGCGACCUGGCAAGCAAGCAGCUCCUAG